AUGCUUGCUCUUUUCUUAAUAAGAUCAUAUUCAGAAAUUCAAGCGAUUGAAGGUUGCACUGAUGUAAAUACUUUUGAUGCAGCGAUUCUUGCCAAGAUAAGUUAUCAUAGUGUUCAAGCUGGAGAGGUAAUUUGUUAUAAAGGUUCUAUUGUUAUGCAAGCCAAUAAAGAGAUUAUUGUUACUUAUAAAUUUGUGGACGAAGAAAAAAGCAUUGAUGGAACGCUAAAUACAUUUAAAAAUCCAUUUUAUAUCUGUUCACAUGAUAAAAAGCCCUACACAAAGAUAGCAGCUAAAGAUCAGACAAAAGGAUUUGAUAUUUCUGUUGUUUCUGUCCAUGGAUCAAAAAAUGAGUCAAAUAAAAAUAUAUGGGAAGUUUUUUCUACAGCAAGAACUUUUAAUAAGUCUGUCACAAUCUCUCCAUUACAAUCAGUUAGGCUCAUUGCUGAAAAUUCAAAUUCUCUAAGACUCACUAUUAAUAACACUAAUAUUCAAAAGCACAUUACUUAUGAUGAACGAGAAGAUAUAGAAAGUGGCAGCUCAUUAUAUCUUGAAUUGAGUUCUAUCAAUGAUGGCGAAGAAAUGGUAGAGAUUUACUACAAACCAAAUUUAGAUGCAUUUUCAGUUGGUUUUAGAAGUUUAUUUGAAGAAAAUAUUUUCUAUAUCCUCCCUGGUGAAGGUGUAUUUAACGUUGUAGAUAUUAAACUCUUUACAAGAGAUCACAGAAGCAUCUUCAGAGAAAUUCAAGACGAAUCCAAUGAUGAUGAAAACGGUGAUGAAUCUGGCGAAAUAGAAUGGGAUCCAGAUGCAGUAUUAUAUUGUCAAUAUAUAAUUGGUUCUAAGUUUGAAAGGGUAAGCAAAUUUUUGACAAUUCAGCCAGGUGGAGUUGAAUGUUCACAGGGAAGUUUCGUAUAUGCCUCCAAAGAUAAAUUCGAUGUUACUGUUUAUAAAAGAAAAGAUAAACAAGGAAAUUUAUAUCAUAAUCCAUUCAGUACAUGUGGAAUACAUUUAAAUGUCAUUAAAUGUGCAAACAGUUCUGAAGAAUGCAGAGUUCAUAUUAUUUCAGUUGAGCAACCAAUAUUUUCUGAUGCCGAAACAAAAAAUUCUAUUUUCACAACGAAAAACGAACUUAAUUUUACCCAUAUUAUUAAUGUAACAGAUACUAAAUCAGAAUCUUUUAGUUUAAUAUCACAUAGUGCACAAAUUAAGGAAGUUAAAGUAACAUUUGAUAAACCUGAUGUUUAUUUUUCACUUUAUAAUGCUGAUGAUGAAAAUGCCGGACAAAGAUCUCAAGGAAAAACGAUUUUUGGUGACUUUAGAUUAGCUCCUCCUCCAGGUGAAACUACAGCAUAUGUAUCAAUUAAGGAGUUAAGAACUAUUUUGGAUGACGAUGAUGAAUCAUUAUUUGAAAAUGACUUAGUUUAUGAAAUUCCUGAUGGGGUCAAAACAGAAGAAGAAGUGAAAAAUUAUUCAAGAACUAGUAAUGUUACUGUUGUCAGAGACAAUAAUAAGAUUACAUCAAAUAAACAAGAUCCAACACCUGAAAGAACUCCUGAACAAAUUUCAGCAAUCCCUACAAAUAGAAAACUUUCAUCGGGAGAAAUUGCUGGAAUUGUAAUUGCUGUUCUUGUUGCAAUUGCUAUUAUCUGUAUCCUUGUCUGGUUAUUCGUUUGCAAGAAGAAAACAGAAAAAAAUGAUUCUGGAUCGGGAGAAAAUGUCUAA